GCGCCAAUCCGACAAGUAUCGGAUUGGAUUAGAAAUUGUGCCUGCCCCAAGAGGAGAAAACAAAUCAGAUCUCGAUCCCAACUUUCCCCGACCUUCGCUGCCCUAGUUCUCGAUUCCCUCUUUCCCCGAUCUUCCCCGCCCUAGUUUCCCCGAUCUCGAUUCUCGGAGUUUGCGCGCACCUCGUCGAACAUGGCAGCGAUCAUGGCGGCGCGCGGGCAGGGGCAGGUGCAAGAUUUCGACUUCUUCGUGGUGGUGGACUUCGAGGCGACGUGCGUGAAAGACGCGCGGAUCUUUCCGCAGGAAAUCAUUGAGUUCCCCGCCGUGCUCGUCGACGGCGCCACCGGCCGCAUCGAGUCCGCGUUUCGCAGGUACGUUCGUCCAAAACAUCACCCUGUGCUGACCCAAUUUUGCAGGGAACUCACCGGCAUCCGGCAGGAGGACGUCGACGGCGGCGUGGAUCUCGGCGAGGCGCUCUGUAUGCACGACUCUUGGCUGAAGGCGGCGACGGCGGGGGGAGGCAGCUUGGCCGUUGUGACCUGGGGAGAUUGGGAUUGCCGCAUCAUGCUCGAGUCCGAGUGCCGCUUCAAGGGGAUCGAGAAGCCCUCCUACUUCGAUCGCUGGAUCAACCUGAGGGUCCCCUUCCAGGCGGCGCUCGGCGGCGGAGGGCGGGUCACCCUUCAGGAGGCGGUCAGGGCAGCGGGACUGGACUGGGAGGGCCGCCUGCACUGCGGCCUGGACGACGCGCGCAACACGGCGCGGCUUCUUGUUGAGCUGAUGCGGCGGGGGGUCAAGAUGACCAUCACCGGUUCGCUGGCGCCGCCGCUGCCGAUCCAGCAGAAGGAGCAGCCCCCGCACCUUCUCACAAGCUCUUGCGGUGGCUCAUCUGCGCUGGCGCCGCUGCCGAUGAUCCAGCAGAAGCAGCAGUCGCCGCAGCUUCGCACAAGCCCUUGCGGUGGCUCAUCGGCGCUGGCGCCGCCGCUGAUCCAGCAGAAGCAGCAGCCGCCGCAGCCACACAUGAUAAGCCCCUGCGGCGGCUCCUCUGCGACGUGCUUCUGCUACUGCAGGGUACCGACCAGAGGAGGCGUGGUGUCCGUGCCAGGGCCGAUGCAGGGCAAGUGCUUCUUCGGGUGUGGCAACUGGACGCCGGCCAUGGGACCCGUGUGCCCCUACUUCGUCUGGACCAACUGAAUGAACCACCCAUGGCAGGGCACUAGAAUCAGUGUAGCUCAGCUGUUAGUGUAAAUCGUGCUAGCCAUCAGAAUCAGAGCUUAGCUCGGCUGGUUCUAGCCAGUCUAGGUGUGAAUAUGGUCUCUGGAACCAAACGUGGCCAAUGGGGCUACUCUUGAUGUAAUUGGUGUCUGAAUUAGUAUUAUUAUCAAUAGAAAUUCUUUUUAGUUA